CAGACUGAAAUGCAGCAGGCCUGUGGUGGAUGUCUAGAUGGGGGAGGUUGACGAAACGCAGGGGCGUGACGCCUCGCUCUGCAGCGGCGCUCACUCGCCUACGGGAGAAUGGGAGAGAGACACAGAAGGGGAGGGAGGAGGAACUUGAAGGAAAAAAAGUUAAAAUAAAAAUGGCUUCCUUGUCUUUGGAGUCCACAGAACAAACUGAAAACGGCCCAAAGGAGUCCACGCAAGAUGAAGCCAAAGUGAAAGAGGAGACGGAUCCGGACGAAGUUUCGGAACAACUGCUCCAAAGCUUCCAGAACUCGGCGCUCAGUUUUUCCACCGAUCAAGUCGCGUGUCUGUGCGAAGCGCUCCUGCAAGCGGGCAAUGUGGAUCGCCUGUGGAGAUUCCUCUCCACCAUCCCUCCUUCGGCCGAUCUGCUACGUGGCAACGAGACCCUGCUGAAGGCCCAGGCUCUGGUCGCUUUUCACCGGGAGGAAUUCAAAGAGUUGUACGCCAUCCUAGACAGCCACGACUUCCACCCGAGUAACCAUGGGUUCCUUCAAGACCUCUACUUGAAGGCGCGCUACAAGGAGGCUGAGAGGUCCCGGGGUCGCAGUCUAGGCGCCGUGGACAAAUAUCGACUGCGCAAAAAGUUUCCUUUGCCCAAAACCAUUUGGGACGGAGAGGAGACGGUGUACUGCUUCAAGGAGAAGUCGCGCAACGCUCUGAAGGAAUGUUACAAGAUCAACAGGUAUCCCACUCCGGUCGAGAAGAAGAAUUUAGCCAAAGUCACCGGACUUUCUUUGACCCAAGUAAGCAACUGGUUCAAGAAUCGCCGACAGAGGGACCGGACCCCGUCCGGCACCAACAGCAAAAGUGAAUCUGAUGGGAACCACAGCACAGAAGAUGAAGCCAGCAAAGGAGAUCUGGAGGAUAUUACUGACAAACCUGCUGCUCAAGAGACAGGCAGCUCCAAUGCUUCUCUUAUAUCCCUCACUGGUGCUCCUUGCAGUACUGGUCAGCUUAUUCUCAACAGCACCGGGGGAUUCCUUACAAGCUCUCAUCCACUGCUGCUCAAUGGGAGCCCUAUACUCUCAGGGGCGGGAACCGGGGUCAUUAUUAAUGGGUUGACACUGAGCGAUGGCCACACAGUAACUCUCAGUCCUGUUACAGCUAAUGCACCAUUGCUACUUAAUGGGGCUCAAGUGAUCUCCAAAGAUGAACGAGGCAUCAAUGAUAUGGAGGCCCAAGGCAGCCUGCCCACUGUGGUUCUGAAUCCACAAGCCAGUCUAACUAGCACAAUACCUCUCUCUCUUAGCGAGGAUGCAAAAACAGCCAGCAGCAAUGUCUCUCCACUGGAUUUCAUCAGUCUUCCAGAAGCAUUGAAGAAUCCAGAUAGUAAUCAGUCAUUGCCUACAAACUCUAUGUCCUCGCCCACCAUCUCCACUUCUGUCAUCUCUCCCACGUCUCUUCCUUCAGUGAUACUGGCCCCAAAUCGUAUUCCUGCAUCAACAGCUGGCUCUGUGAGUUCAGUCAUCUCCAGUCCCAUGGUGCCAUUACAGCCCACACAGCCUCCCGAAAUUGUUGUAUUAGGAAAGACUGACCCUCAGUCGCCAACUUGCAGCUCCAUCUCCAACCCUCAAGUGUUAUCUUUACCCCAGGUGGUACCAUCGAUACAGGGCGUUCCAGUUUCUCAACUGAUGCAGCCUACAUCUGGAGCCACAGUGUCAUCUUGCCCCCAGCUUGUUCCAGUCUCCCCGGUCAAUCCACAGUUACCCCAAGUCUCCAUUCCUCAGUUUCAGACACAGACCUUGCACAUUGGUCCAAGACUUGCUCAAGCACAGCCCCAAAAUGGCUCCACCACACUAAGCACCAGUAGUGCUUUAUCACUCCCCCAGAUGGCUGAUGGACAUGUCACACAAGUGCUUACACCUCAGCUAGGAGAUGAAUCUACUUCAGCCACCCUUCCACAGAUACAGACUUCCAUGGGGACGCAAGUCAUUCCCAUCUCCUCCCCGACUCAAGUCGUUCCUAUAUCCCAACCCAAAGACUCAGGCCAGCCUCAGCUGGUCCCCCUGUCACUGCCUCAACUUAUGCCUGUGUCAUCUAUUGCGGGAACUCCAACUGGAACCUUCUCCUUCCCUCAGGUGGUCCCAGCAACACCAUCUCUUUCCAUUCCGUCCCCUGGAGGUGCUUUCCAGAUUCUGACAUCUGGAGCUGGAACAGGAUUGAGUGUUGCCCAGGGACCGAUACGCCUUAGCCCAAUAGGGCCUCCUCAGAGUGUCCCAACUGGAACCAUCCCAGGAGUUCAGCUUCUCAACUCUGGGGUGAUUCAGCUGCCUUCUGCCUCUCCAGGCAACUUCCUCUUAGCAGGUGGCAUUGGGAGCAGCCCCAUCCUAAGUGUUCAAAACGGCAAACUCAUCCUUACAAUCCCAGCUGGCAUCCAGUUUGCAAGCAUGCCUGUCAAGUCCGUCCCAGACAAUUCGGUCUCGAGCAACAGUACCCUUGAUCUCCAACCCUCAGCUGUACAUCCACUUGAGAAUCAACCAGCACCUUUACUCACUGCUCAAACCUCAAAUUCACUACAACCAUCUCAUUUGGGAUUUGUUGGCUCCUCUACACUUUACUGCAGCCCUGAGCCAGGGACCAUUGCCAACCCAACCCCAGGAGCCUCUCCUAACACCCCAGACUCAUCCAGCACUCCCACUCCUACAGGCGUCCUACAAUCCCAGCAGACCCUUAGCCCUGAUAGCAUGCUACCACUCAGUCCGAUCUGUAGCGGUGUGGCAACUGGGCCCCACCUCUCCCAGCCAGCCUGGAGCCCUGUCCCACUGUCUUCCUCUGCUGGUCUGACAUUAUUUGACAUGCGUGGGAAAGGGGAUCUUCCAGAGGACCCUGCUUUGUUAGGCCUGCCAGGAGGAGAGUCCCUCCUGUUGGGCACUCCUCCGGGUGAGGAUGUGGAGAGAGAUUCUCAGCUGGAUGAAGUGGAGGACAUGGACGGGGACUCGAAAAUCCUUACACAACUGCAGUCUGUCCCUGUGGAUGAUGACCUGGGUUUGUAAUUAUCAGUUCUGCUAGAUGCAGUUCAUGUUAAAUCUCAGCCUGGUUAGAGUUGCAUUCAACCAUGUCCCUGAAGCGAGAGGAACUAUGAUUUAUGACCUCAGAGGUUUGAGUCUUUCCUCACCUUUCCUUAAAUAGUGGAAGUAUUCAAUCUAAUAACUUUGUUGGAAAGAACCUCUCUCUCUUAUAUUUUGAAUUCAUCUGUGGAAACAAUGUAUUCAGCAAGGGCAUGACUAGAGGUUCAGUAGAGGAAAAGGCACAGCCAUUUUGUCAGAGAUGACAUUUGUAUAACCAAUAUUCACCUCUAGGAAUCUAAGUUUGCGUCUACAUGUUAGCCCUGAUUUUGAUGAAACACAGCUUGUGGCUUGUACAAGGGCUACCAUGGCUACCUAAGUGGUAAAAAAGGCACUAAUAUGUAAAAGGCAAUCAAGAUUGUUUUAUCUGGGAGUGAAGAGCAUGCGGGAAUGCCUUCUUUUGUGCCUUACGUUUUUGUUACUUCUCAGUUUUAUAGAUAAAAUGACUCUGAACAGAACUUUUAUCAUUUUAAGAAUAAAAGUCAUAUUUGGUUUUCCUCCUAGAGACAAUGAAAUAGAGGUAAAUACAUGUGUAUGCUUGGUAUCCUGGUGUGAAAUGGGUCUGAACAUGAGCUAGGCAUUGGGAGGUUUACUUCACACAUCCUGUACAGGUGGCUCAUAAAGAUCCCUAGAUGCACCAGCAGCACCCUGCAUUGGGAGAAGGAAAUCUGAUAAAACGGUUCAGUAAACUCACAGCACUGGGUGGAAGAUGAGACUCGGUUGACAAACUAACCUUAAAAUGUGCCUGUCACAACUGCAUUGGACAUACUACAUGCAAAGGCUCGGUUCAGGUGCUGUUUUAAUUGAUUUUCUUUAACAUUGAAUUGGCCUAGGUGAGUGGAUGGUACAUGUAUCAGAUUUGUGGAUGGCAGGAUGCUUGGAAUUUGAACAUACUUUGAACAUGCAGUGAAGCACUCUUACCAUUUUUGUUGUUUUUAUAUUCUGUGUAUACAGUAAGUUCAUGAUGGUGCACUAAGCUGACCAUGGACAUCCUGUAUGUUUUGAUAUGACAGAUAAUUGACAUUGGUUUCCGUAGAUUAACCAUUGAGCUUUACCCAAGCAUUCCAGCUAAUUACUAUGAAACUGUAUAAACAUAUAUAUAGGCUCUAGUGUUUGAAGGGAAUUGAAGUACUGAAUAUUAGUCUAUGCAACUGUUCUGCAUGAUAACUGAACCCUAAGAUUUGUUUACUGUUAAAAACAGCCACUUCUUACACUACAGAUCUAACAUGUACAUGUACAGUGAAAUGUUUCUCUUUUUUUUUUCCUCUUUAUGUUUUUCACUUGUCCUGUUUUUCCUAUCUUUUUAUAUUUUGAAAUCAAAUAUUUUAAUUAUAGGAUUUCCACAUAGCUACAGGAAACGUCUGUCUUUUUUAUUCACCUAAUUCUAAUCAGAUGCAAUUUAGACUAGGUGAUUCAAAGCUACAAGUAUGACUUUUUCAACACCGGUCAUUAACACCACCUGACUGAUUGCUUAAUGCAGAGAACAGCUCUGUAUGUUUUGCACAUUUUAGUUUUUAUUCAUGAAGCAUUUACAUUUCUUCUCUGGCCCUACAAAAUUUGGUGCUAUUUUUAAACCAUUCAACUGUACAUUUAAGGCUUUUGUGGAAUAUUAGGCCUGUGAGAUUUUGACAUUUUUCAUUGGUGCACAGUAAUCACUCUGUGUUAACUCUAGCCUUAAGUAUACCUGUCUUUUUAUGUCUGUUUUUUGUUUUUAACAAUAUUUAAUGCAUUUAUCAAUCAUUUUUGGGUCAUUCUAUGAUAACCUUAAAGCUGUUUCCCUCAUUCUAUCUUAGGUUUACACUCCAUUUUGUGGUAUAACACAAGUGAUUUUGCUUUGUGUAGCGUCUUUGUAUUUCACAUUCAUGUUACAUAGUUGUUGUAUUGACUUGCCAAAGGUUUUUUUUUUUUCUUUUUUCUUCUUCUGCUUUUUUCCCCUCAAGCACCUGGACAAUAUUUUAACUUUUUGGAAAGUAAGGGAAUGUGUGCGUGUGUGUAUGUGUUUGUCCCCGAGUAUUGCUAUUACUCUUCCAGAAUGUAAUGAUUAUUAUUAUGUUAAUGCACAUGUAUUUUAGUCAGUAGAGUUAUAUUUGUUUUUUUGUUUUUGUUUUUUUCUGUUCACUUUUUAAUACUUUUGCUUCAUAUUCAUGUACAAACAGAAAAAUAUGCAGCUGAUCAAACCAAAGACUUUUUUUUUUUUUGUGAUAUAUUCAAAGGGAGUUUUUGUCCUCAUUGUAAACAACAUCUCUUUUUAUAGAGAUGUGUUUUGUAUCGUAUAGUUAUUUUAUUUUUUAUAUUCCAUUUUAUUGUGAUAUGUAAUAAACAUAUAUGCUACCUGAA